AACAUUCCGGUCUGCAGACGGACGACGACGGUAUUUUCCGUAUGGCAAGAAUUCGAGAAAAUCGCGAGUGUUAGAAAAAAGAAAAAAAAUUGUUCUUUCAAGUAGUUGCGUCAUCCACAUGGUUCUGUCUCAAGUGAAAUAAAUCGAAAAUAAUUUAUUAAGUACGAAAAAUAGUUAAAAUAUAACAAUGUUAACCGCAACGCGAGUGAUAAGCCGAAAGGCGUUGGACUGCGCCGGUAUAUCAGACAUUUAUACACACAGAAAUUUCUCAUCAAUCCUUAAAAAUACCGCAGCCCCCACCGUACCGAUCUACCAACAGCAUGGCUUACAACAGAGGCAUAAAUCGGAGGGCGUCCGCGGCGCCGUCAUCGGUAUCGACUUGGGUACAACGAACUCGUGCGUUGCCGUCAUGGAGGGAAAAACCCCUAAGGUGGUUGAAAACAGCGAAGGUUCCAGAACAACACCUUCACACGUCGCCUUCACCAAGGAAGGUGAGAGGCUUGUAGGCAUGCCAGCCAAGAGACAGGCUGUCACCAACAGCGGAAAUACCUUCUAUGCGACCAAGCGACUCAUCGGUCGCCGGUUCGAUGACCCAGAAGUCCAGAAGGAUAUGAAGAACCUCUCGUACAAAGUCGUCAGGGCAUCAAACGGAGAUGCUUGGGUUCAAGGCACUGAUGGCAAAGUGUACUCACCGAGUCAGAUCGGAGCGUUUGUCCUCAUGAAGAUGAAGGAGACAGCCGAAGCUUACUUGAACACCAGCGUCAAGAACGCCGUGGUGACUGUUCCGGCUUACUUCAAUGAUUCUCAACGACAGGCUACUAAGGAUGCUGGUCAGAUCUCCGGUUUGAACGUACUGAGAGUUAUCAACGAACCGACUGCCGCUGCCCUCGCCUACGGCAUGGACAAGACUGAAGAUAAAGUUAUCGCAGUAUACGAUCUCGGCGGUGGUACCUUCGACAUAUCGGUUCUGGAGAUACAGAAAGGCGUGUUCGAGGUGAAGUCCACUAACGGAGACACCCUGCUCGGAGGAGAGGACUUUGACAACGUUAUCGUCAACUUUUUGGUUGAUGAGUUUAAGAGAGACCAAGGAAUUGAUAUCCGUAAAGACGCGAUGGCCAUGCAACGUCUCAAGGAAGCAGCCGAGAAGGCCAAGAUUGAACUCUCCGGCUCUCUACAAACGGAUAUCAACCUCCCUUACCUCACGAUGGAUUCUUCUGGACCUAAACAUAUGAAUUUGAAGAUGAGUCGUUCCAAGCUGGAGUCUCUGGUCGGUGACCUCAUCAAGCGUACGAUCCCGCCCUGCCAGAAAGCUUUACAAGACGCCGAAGUGUCCAGAACUGAUGUUGGAGAAGUGUUGCUGGUCGGCGGUAUGACAAGGAUGCCCAAAGUGCAGGCCACCGUGCAGGAGAUCUUCGGGCGCGCGCCGUCCCGCGCCGUGAACCCCGACGAGGCGGUGGCCGUGGGCGCGGCCGUGCAGGGCGGCGUGCUGGCGGGCGACGUCACCGACAUCCUGCUGCUGGACGUCACGCCGCUGUCGCUGGGCAUCGAGACGCUGGGCGGCGUCUUCACCAGGCUCAUCGCGCGGAACACCACCAUCCCCACCAAGAAGAGCCAGGUCUUCUCCACCGCGGCCGACGGCCAGACCCAAGUGGAGAUCAAGGUACAUCAAGGCGAACGUGAAAUGGCAGCGGACAACAAACUACUCGGACAGUUCUCCCUCGUGGGCAUCCCUCCCGCUCCCAGAGGAGUUCCACAAAUUGAAGUUACCUUUGACAUCGAUGCUAAUGGAAUCGUACACGUAUCUGCCAGGGACAAGGGCACCGGCAAGGAACAGCAAAUCGUAAUCCAGUCAUCGGGCGGUCUAUCGAAGGACGAGAUCGAGAACAUGGUUAAGGCGGCCGAGCAGUUUGCGGCGGCCGAUAAGGACAAGAGGGAGCGUGUGGAGGUCACCAACCAGGCCGAGGGCAUCCUUCACGACACCGACACCAAGCUGGACGAGUACAAGGCUCACCUGCCUCAGGACGAGUGCGACAAGCUCAGAGGGGAAAUGGCCAAACUCCGUGAACUCCUCGCACAGAAGGACACCGCUGACCCCGAAGCUAUCCGCACCGCCACCAAUCAACUGCAACAAGCCAGCUUGAAGCUCUUCGAACAGGCCUACAAGAAGAUGGCAGCCGAACGUGAGGGCUCGUCCGGGUCUCAAUCACAGCAGCAAACGAGCGAACCGGAAGGAGAGAAAAAGGAGGAAAAGAAAAACUAAAAACAAACACUUAGCGAGUUAGAACUGUAAAUAAAUACAACCAAAUAAAACAACACAAUUCAUAGCCUAGUUAUAAUAUAAACUUAAUUUACUUUACGUAUUAUGCAUCAGAUACUUUAUAAGGUCAUCUUCAGAAUUAAAUUUUUGGAUGCCCGUGUGUAACUUUAAAAGUAAUUAGUUAUUGUUGUACCAGUUUAGAUAACCGAGCAUGGAUUUCAAAGUCAUGAUAUCUUUGAUUGGGUCGUUGGGAUGAUUUGCAGUGGACCUGCUUUCUGCUCCGAGGGCCGUGGGUCCGAUUUCUGCUCUGAGUUUGGGUGCAGUAAAUGUAUAUUUCUUACAAGAAAAUAUGUAGCUAUAGCAGUCGGCUGUUACCUAUAACACAGGCAUUUAGUUGACUACCUUAAGAACAGACAGCCGUGUAAGUUAAAAGAUAUUUGUUUCUAACAUGGACCCUAUUUUGUUUUUAUUAAAGUACUUAUUAUUCAAAGUUAAACUUGUUCAGAACUUGUUCAAUGCAAUUUUAUUAUCUUAGAAAUUUCAUCAUAUUAUUAAACUAAAUAUCCAUGCCGGUUUAUCAUAAAUUAAUUUAAUGAAAAUAUUGCAAUAAUGGAGUUGAAAGAAUUUAUAUUAAGGAAAUAAUUAAGAGUUACAAUCUCAACUGUCCGGAGUUUGUUUCGCACAUGGGAGCGUUUGCUUUAGUAUUUAGUUAAAAUAUAAUUUGUAGGGAAAAUUACUUGUAGAUUUAUCUGUUUUUAACUUUUCGUUUUCAUUGAAAAUAUAUGGAAUUUUCUUAUAAUUAAAUUGUAAUAAGACAUAAUAUAUAAAUAAUUUGAGCCUCAAAAUUAAUAUAUAUACGCCAUAGUAACAAAUUAGUUUAAGAUAUAUAUUUUAAAAAAAUUCCAUAUAAUUUCUUACGCUGUGUCGUUAAAAUUGUUAUUUAGUACGAAGGACUGGUAGUUCCUUAAGUUGUUUUAAACAUUAUAUAUUUCUCGUGUAAUAUAUAUAUAAAAUAUACGUAUAUAUUUUUGUGUGUAUGUCGGUAUGGGCACGAUUUUUAGGCGUAUUUUGGUAAGAAGUCAGAGUUAAAGCUUUAUUUUGCAUUUAUGUAGAUUUUUAAGGUGGUAGGUGUAUUUUUUUUUACAUUGUGUUAAAUAGUGAUGAUUACCUAAUAAUAUGGUCGUUUUAUGAAUAAAAUUAACCAUAACUUUGUAAAUAAGUAUAAUCACAAUUUUACCCGCCUAAUAUUCUGCAAUUCUGCAGGUUUAUAUCUAUAUAAGCAAAUUAUUCGCCAUUUAGUAGUUUAUCAAUUGAUUCUAAUUUUUUGUAGAUACAUUUUGUAAAAAUGUUGGGUUCACAAUUAACCCCUAACACAAAACGUAACCCCCAAAACAAAAAAAAAAAUACACCUAUCACCAGUUGGUUGUGAAUACGCAUGAGAAUCGUUCCCUAUUCGUGUGCUGGUUCAAUAUUACUGUUACACGGUAUAAUUGUUCUAAAGUUAAUGAUGCACAUAUUUUUAAAUUUAACCCCCAACAUUUAAAAUGUGCUUUUUUAUUUUUCUGACGAUAAAUGCAAAAAUGUGUGCAUUGUAAUGUGUAAUGCAGCGACUGUGUUUGUGUGUUCGAUUGAAAUUUGUAUGUGCAGUUAGCUUAGUGAAAUAUAUUAUUUCGAGAA